GGAGAUGUAAUGAUUUGGUCUUAUCAUUUCCCCAUUUCCCACUCUCAUUCGUCUUCCCUCCCCAGCUGCUUGUAUAUAUAUAUACCAAUGGCGAGUCACCAUUGAACCCCCAGCCUGUUGCUUCUCCACCGCACCUCCUUGCCAAGAAAACUACGUACGCCUAGAAGCAUCGACACAAAGCGCGCGCCUAGCUGCUGGCCAAUGGCGAACUUCUCGCACCUCUCCCAGCACAUGGAGCAUGGCCUCGCCAACGCCUCCCACGGCAUGCCGAGCUUCUUGUUCUGCCAUGGGGCAGCCGCGGCAGAUUCAGCCUCGCUGGAGACCUCAUCCGGGGUUCUUGACACCUCUCCACGAGGCACUGCUUCUGCGGACAAGAAGAUCAGGAAGCCCAGAGAAGAUAGUGCCAGCCUCAGCUCUGCGCAAUCCAAGGACUCAAACUCAAAGGAGAGCACCAAAAGGAGAGGAGGAAAAAGAGAGAGAAGCAGCAAGGAGGCAGAUGAGGAGGAGGAGCCCAAGGGGUACAUCCAUGUCAGGGCAAGGAGAGGGCAAGCAACAGACAGCCACAGCCUUGCAGAGAGGGUGAGGAGGGAGAGAAUCAGUGAGAGGAUGAGGGUGCUGCAGGCCCUGGUCCCUGGCUGUGAUAAGGUUACUGGAAAAGCACUCAUUUUGGAUGAGAUUAUCAAUUAUGUCCAGUCCUUGCAGAACCAAGUUGAGUUCCUUUCCAUGAGAAUUGCUUCCCUGAGCCCUGUGCUGUAUGGUUUUGGCAUGGACAGUGAUGCCUUCGGUGACCACACUCAAAAAAUGGAAGGAAUGCUCAAUCAUGAGGUGCUCGCAAUGCCUGCUUCUGUCAUGAACCGAGCUCCAUCUCAAGCUAUCAUGGACACAAACACCUCCGCCUCGUCUCCCUCCUACGACGAGGUUCAUGGCGAUGGCGGCACCGGCAUCUCUUUCCCACAGGACAAUGGCAGCUACAUGGUGCAAACAGUAGGUGAGCCAAGGCAGGAGCUGUUCAAUCAAGUGGCGUUCAGUAACCACAUGUGCUCUUUCCAGUAGGAAGAGAGAGAGAGCGAGGAAAGGGAAAAGUCCUAUUUUCAACCCUUAACUAUCACGAUCGUCCGAUUUUCAACCCUUAACUCCAAAACUAGACAUCUUGCUCCAUCCAACUAUCAAAACCGUGGAAAAUACACCCCUAAACCAAAUCCACUCCGAUUUUCAGCCACGUCACCCGUCCACGUGGCGCCAAUGACCAUGUCAGCUACCCUCUCCUCUCUCUUUCUCUCACAGACAAGUGGGCCACCACCUCUCCUCUCUCUUCUGUCUUUCUCCUCGCACCCCUUGCUCUCCCGGCGCACGCCCUCGCCGGCACCGCUCCUCGCACCCCCCUCGCCGGCGCCAGGCGCCGCCCUCACUCUCCUCUCCUCCCCGCGCAGGCGGCGGAGCUGGCUCGUCGGCCCGCGUGCCGGCGGCGGCCAGGCGCAGCGCCAGGCGUGGCGGAGCUGGCUCGCCGGUCCGCGCGCGGGAGACGGCCGGGCGUGGCGGCCAGAUCCGGCCCGCCGCCGCCGCCGCCGCCUCCUUGCCACGCGGAGGGGCGCGCAGAGCUCCGCCAUGGCGAGGCGGAGACGCGCAGCGGCGGCCAUGGCAGGGGCGGAGGCACGCAGCGGAGGACCAUGGCGGGCCCGACGGCGGCAGUCCCAUGGGGGCCUCUGCGGGCCGCAAGCUCGAGCUCAGCUCCGGUGCGGCGGCUCGCACCUCCAUCCUCCCUCCCCUCCCGCGGCUCGCGCGCGCUGGGCGCGGCGGCGGGCUCGAGCUCGCGGAGGCCAUGGCGAGCGCCGCCCCCUCCUCUUCCCUCCUCCCUCCCUCUCCCUCUCCCCCCUCCUCGCGAACGGUGGUUGCGAUGGCGGAGGAGGAAGACAGAGCAGGUGACGGCAGCGAGCAGUGAGAGGAGAGGUGGUGGCCCACCUCUCUGUGAGAGAAAGAUAGAGGAGAGGGUAGCUGACGUGGCCAUUGGCGCCACGUGGACAGGUGACGUGGCUGAAAACCGGGGUGGAUUUGGUUUAGGGGUGUAUUUUGCACGGUUUCGAUAGUUGGAGGGUGCAAGAUGUCUGGUUUUGGAGUUCAGGGUUGAAAAUCGGACGAUCGUGAUAGUUAAGGGUUGAAAAUAGGACUUUUCCCGCGAGGAAAAAAACGAGUAGAGGACCCUACGCGAUGACGACAGGUAAUGCAUAAAAAGUUUAGUGGAGCCAUGUUUGAAGUUCUAGCUAUGUUCCAAAACAACUAGGACUCAAAUCCUGCAGAAUUUAUAUGUCCUUUUCAAACUCCAUUUUGAAUAAUUGUGUUUUGUUUGCUUGCUUGCUGCGUCUGCAGGAGGAAAUAAUGCUGGGAUCUACGGAGGUAGAAGCUAGCUAGCACCAGAUGAGUUUGUGAUGUUGGACGUAAUCCAUCCCCUUGUCUGGUGGCUGACUGGCUGAACGGGAACCUGCAGUAGCUAGCAUUAGCAGUUGUAGUAGACUUGGUUACACGAUGUUGUAUUUGAAGUCUUUGUUAGUAUCACCUCAGUUAGGCAGUGUUGCUCUUGGGGACUCUUCGCAAGGGUUGCUUGCAUUGUACUCUGCUUGGAAAAAAGAAAAAAAAUCAUUUGUUCAUACAAAAGAUUAAUUUCUGCUGCUUAAUUGUGAAGCCUGAA